CAGCAGCAGUCAGUUCAGUUAAAGAAGCCGUCCCUAAAUGUUGUAGAUGGCGCCUCUUGUUCAGUAACAAACUGCUACAGAAGACAUGAUUUAAAAUUAUUAGAAAACGAUAUGAAUCAGUAUUCUGCUUACAGUUUAAUUUCCAUGCUCAAUGGCAAUGAAGCCAACAAUAAUCGGAAUAACACCAUCAGUUCGGCAUAUUCAUAUUCUACUGGCCAACCUCCUGGCUUGAAUUUUAACAGGAACAGACCUCCGUUUGAAAAUCAACAUGGCUUUGGUCAACAAAAAAUUCCAUUUGAUAAUAAAGAUCGAAAUUAUAAUGGACAUGGUUGGGGUGUGAAGACUGAUCCAGAACAAAAUGUGGAAGAAAUCAAUGUAGACCAUUCUUUCACAGUACUGGACCAUUAUAACUCAGAUCUCAACCUGCUUAUAGAUCUUGAUGGCUAUGGUGGAACUGCAUUAACUAAUCCUGAAGGUUUCUGUUUCUGUUGGGCUGGAGCUCGUGCAACUUAUGGUGUUACUCGUGGAAAGGUUUUCUUUGAAGUUCACAUAACUGAACACCUUCCUGUAAAUUUUGGUGACAACCAUAAAGAAACUGAUCCCCAUAUAGUAAGAAUUGGUUGGUCUAUUGAUAGCUGUUGCUUCCAGCUAGGAGAAUCUAUGGAAUCCUAUGGUUAUGGAGGUACUGGCAAAUUUUCUGUGAACUUGAAUUUCUCCAACUAUGGUGAACGUUUUGGUGUGGGUGAUGUUAUUGGAUCACUGCUAGAUUUGCAAUCUCACCCACCGACAAUUUCUUUCACCAAAAACGGCCGUUGGUUUGGAAAUGCCAAAGUCUUGCACGGUUAUCCUGUGGGUGUAAAAUCUAAAGCUUUAUUUCCUCAUGUUCUUACAAAAAAUUGCCGAUUCAAGGUUAAUUUUGGUCAGACUGAUCCAUGGUUUUCUCCGCCACCUGGUUUUGUCUACAUAGACCAUGUUCCUUUAGCAGACCGUGUACGGGGACUUACUGGACCUUGUAAAAAAGCUGAUUGUGAGAUGAAUAUGAUUGUCGGUCUGCCUGGUGCUGGUAAGACCACAUUAGGCAUUCUGAAACAGAAGAACUUCCCAGAUAAAAGAUAUAAUAUUAUUGGAACAGACACGCUCAUUGAUAAAAUGCGUGUGAUGGGUCUUGCAAGAAAAAAUAACUACCAUGGUCGUUGGGAAGUUUUGAUUCAGAAAUCAUCAAAAUGUUUGAACAGGUUGUUUGAAAUAGCCUCUCGAAAGAGAAGAAAUUACAUUCUUGACCAAACUAAUGUAUAUCCUUCUGCACGUAAAAGGAAAUUGAGAUUUUUUGAAGGGUUCUUCAGACGUGCUUGGGUCAUUGUACCUGAAGAUGAUGAAUUUGAACGUAGGUCACUAAAACGCACUGUUGAAGAUGGUAAACAUGUUCCAGUAGAAGCUGUCUUGGAAAUGAAAGCCAAUUUCACUUUGCCUGAUGAGGACGAUCCGUUGAAUUUAAUUGAGUUUGUGGAGUUACCUAGAUUAUCAGCUUCAACUCUUGUGGAUGGCUACAGAAAGGAAGGUAUUGAAAAACGACCUCCCAAACAACUGGUUUUUCGCCAUGAUACAGCCCAAAAGCAUCAAAAUACUUCCACAUCUUCAUAUUCAAGUUCAAACUUUGCUUAUUCAUUUCCAGGUCAGAGGAAAGUAUCUGAUUCCAGUGCUGCAGUAUUUACAGCAGCUGUUACUGCUACUUCAGUCCAACCAGUGGUGGCUAAUAACCCUGAAGGGGUCAAAGUCGAAAGUGGGAUAGACAAAAGUCAGACAGACACCAUUGGUUUAGCAACAGGAACACACUGUGGGAAAGAUUUAAGCCAAGUUGUGAAACAAGAACCAAUUGAGAAAGAUGUCAAUAAUAGGAACAAUUGUGGCAGCGAGAAAACUGAUGUCAGAGACAAGCAUAACAACAGUGAUGGAAACCUGCAACAGAUUUCUGAACACAAUCCUAAUAGUAGUUCCUCUCAAACUCAGAAUUAUGGCUCUCAGGGCCACGAUAGCCAAAAUAAAGUUACUUCAAAUUAUGGGGCUAAGUCAGAUGAUAAGUCACGGGAUGCGAAUACUUCUAGGGAUAAGCCUCGAGGCAGAGACAGGUCUUGGGAUGAUCACAGUAGAAGGAGCAAAUCUAGGGAUAGAUAUCGAGGUAGAAAUAAAUCUCGAGAUAGACAUGACAGAGAUAGGUCAAGAGAAAGAGAUAAGAGACAUGAUAGGUACAGGUCUCGUGAUAGGUAUCGUAGCAGGGAUAGUUCUCGAGAGAGAUACUACAGUAGGGACAGAUCUCGAGAUAGGUAUCGAGACUCAUAUAGAAGUAAAUAUCGAGACAGGCGUCGAUCUAGGGAACGGUCUUAUGAUAGUGACAAGUAUCAGAAAAGAGAUUGGUCUCAGAACAAAUAUGAUCAUGACGAUCAUCAUUCAUUUAAUGCUGAAAAGCAAGACAAUCAAUCUUAUGAUAAGCCAUACACAUACAGACAAAACACUGAAGGCAAGGAGGCUGCUUUUGCUGUUGAAAAUCAAACUCCUGGUGUCACAUACCAAUCUGGUUCAAAUUUGCCACCAAGUACUGCUUCCGUAAACAAGGAACAACCAUUUGGUUUUAAUUCUAGCAACAUUGUUGAACCUUUCAAAGAAACAAACAAAUCCAGUGGAAAUGACUUCAAUGACCUUUUUGGAACUUGUGAUGUUGAUUAUAGAGUCCCUUCUUCGUCUUUGAGUAAUCAAGGUCCUUCCUCUCUCAACAACCAAACUAAUGUCUCCACAGAUCUUUCUAAAUCUGCUGUCAAACAACCAUCAAAUUUUGCAAAUAACAGUUCUAUUAGUAAUCCUCAACAAUGGCAGACAUCGUCUGCUAAUUCUUCAAAUCCAUUAAGCUAUGAUUCUGCUUAUCAGCCGACUCAACAAUUAGGUUCUAGUGUGUAUGGCAGCCAGUUUACGUCUACAACUCCUAAAAGCUAUGUCGAGCCGCAUAAGAACAGAGAAUAUCAUGAACCACAAAAUACCGACAUCAGAACUUCUGUACAGGGUCCUAAUUAUAAUACUGUCUUUUAUAAGAGAGAAUCCUCAAGCGAGUCUGUUGGAGGUAACACUUUCCAAACGCGAAAAAUGGAUUAUUCUUCAAAUGUAAAUUCUCUUUCUAAAGACAAGGCAUCUGGCUUUUCAUAUGAAUACCCUACUUCAGUCAGCUGCCAGUCUCAAACCCCACAACAGAUUAAUCAAACUCUUCAGCAAUCAUCACAAUCAUCAAUUGUCAGUAAUAAGUCUGUUUACAAUGAUGCUACACCUGAUAAUAUUGCGUUUCCAGCUGUAAAGGACUGUGAUCUUCGGUUUAGUCAGGAUAGGAAUUAUAUAUCCUAUCCCCCUCCAUCAAUAUCUGCCACCGAAACCUUGGCCAGGAAUGAAGUGUUGCCAGAUAAAGCCGCUGCUGUUCCAACCAGUUCUUCCACACCCAGUUUACCACCAAAUAAUAGGGAAACCAUACAAGACAAAAUGUUUGAUAAAACAGGAACCAAUGCCAGCCAGUAUGGAGGGCAGGCAAGUUCAAAUAACUGGCAAGCAGCUUACAAUACAAAACCUGAGUGGAAUAACAGAGGCAGUUCUAGUUCCCUACCAACAUAUUCCUCUGAUACGGUUGCUGGAAAUGUGUCUGGGAAGGAAGGCCAGACAUCCUAUCUUUAUAAUUCAAAAAAUGAUUGUCCACCACCAAAUUUUAAUACAAACCAGUAUCCAAAUUUCUUCACUCAAAUGCCACCUUGUAAUAUGUGGCAGUUACCUCCACCUACACAGGCCCCAUUACAAGGCCUACCAGGAUUUAUGCUGGGCACAGAAAAUCAUUUAAAUGCUUCUCAAAGCUUUCAAGGAAGUCAUUUGCCUCCACCAAAUCCUCCUAGAUUCUGAAAUUGUCAUUUCAGUUCUUCCAUUAUUUUUUUUUUAAUUUAAUUUUCCCAUUUAUAUUUUUGUUUUGAACUUUCACAUAGAGCCAUCUACAAAAGGUAAGAUUUCUUUUGUAACCCCAUUGUUUUUAAAAAAACAGAAAUAGAAUUCUAACAGUUGUCACAUAAAAAGAAUAUGGUGAGAUAUUUCAAUUUCUUUAGAUAAGUUUGGUAUUAGUUAUCAAUAGUCAAUUUUGAUAUUUCUCCUGUAUCUAAGGUUAGAUCAUUUAUUUUUUUUUUCUUUUUGUUGUUGUUAUUUCAUAAGGCUGUAUUAUAGCACAAGAGAUUUGUUUCUAUAAGUCAAGUCACUGAAUGAACAAGUGACUGCAUCACAGCUAAUGUUCAGUUCAAUCACAGAAAUUAUAUAAGAAUAGUUCUCACACCUGGGAUAAAGAUUUUACUACCUUGAGAAAAUAUUACUCAUUAAAAAGCAAAACAAACCCAAUGCUGUAAAAUAUCUUUCCAUCCUUAAAUUCAGAAAAGCUCUAGAAAAAUCUUAUGUAGCUUUUCUAUUUAAGUGUAAAUGUUAAGCUGUUCUACUUUGUUGUCUUCAUAUAUAGCUGUCAUAGGCUCUCCAUUUGCCAGUAUUAAUAGUAGUCUGUCUCAGUUGGUGUUUUCAUCCCAAAAGAACUAAAAUUUCUUCCUUUUUCUCUUUCACUGAAAUAUUUUGAAAUGAUUUUCAAUAAAAUAAUCAUGCAAAAUUCUACAGCAAGCCACUUGGCAGUAAACUACUUGGGAAGUAAAAAAUAAAUAGUUAAACAAUCAGAAGCUAGAACUUAGUUAAUGAUUAGCAUUGAUAAGAAAUACCUUUUAAUUUAAAGAAGGCAACUAUUACUUUACUUCAUUCACAUUCUCUGCUCCCUCACCUUUACUACUAUUACUACUACUACAACAUACUUCACCCUUCAUUUUAUUGAUAUAAAGUUCGUCAAUCAUGUAUGAAGUUUAUGAACAGAAGAAUUAAAGCACACAAUGUCUAAAUGUUGUGAAAAAUUAAAAAAAAUUGAACAAUAUAUAGUCUAUAAAGAGAUACCCUGUACAGCUAUAAGGUCAAUGACUUAGAAUUUAGGUAAUUUCCAUGUAUGGAUUUCAAAUUAAAUUGUCCUUCCUUGUUAUUGAAUUGUUAGUCAUUGGAUGACAUCAGUUUGACAGAACUGGUUUUCGAACUAUUUUAACUUUCCAAUGCAUUCUGAUGUCGAUAAUACAUGUAUAUAUAUAUAUCUAUAUAUAUUGGUUGCAACACACACUGUUCUUUUGUUAACACAAGGAGUUUCCAAUACUUUAACACUUGCACCUUGCUUCAACUGAACCUUAUUGCAUAUGCAUUACUGGGUAAAGUUCCUUAAUUUCAAGUUUGACUUUUUUCUUCUACCAAGAAAACAAAAUAUUUAGUGCAUUCAUUUUUGAAACUGAAGUCACUUAUUGAUAUACAUAGCCAAACCUUAAUGGUUAUCAUUGAUACAAAUAGCAUUGUAAAUAGUCCAUUGCAGUUAUGUUAUCAGUCUAGGAGUUUUUAAUAAAUAAUCAGUACAGUGAAUGACAAGUUAGUGUACAAAUCACUGUGUGUUAUUUAAACUUGAAAACUAGCUAUCAUUUUUAGGAAAGUGGAGCGCUGAUCAUUUGGAGCUAUCUAAUGAUAUUUAUUUAAGAUGAAGGAUGUUUAGAAAGAAUUUAAACUUAUCACUAAAGUUUUGUACUUAGGAAUUUAGUUAUAUUAAAAACAUUUAUCAUAUGUAUUUUGUAGCUGUAAUUAAAGAAAUUCCGUAAUGAAGCAUUUAGAAAACCUUAUACUUACAGCUCAUUGUAACAACUCAGAUUACAGUUUAAGAAUUUAGUCAGUCUCAUUGUAACAACUCAGAGUUAUAUUAUGAUUUAAGAAUUUAGUAACAAAAGAAAAAAUUGUGUAUAGUUUAGAAUAAAUUGAAUGAUUGAGAUUCGCACCAAAGGACAAAAGUAUUGGUUACAGUAAAGGCUUUAGAUGUUUCAUGCGGUUCCAGUUUGAAAUGUUGGUAGAAUUUUUACUUAACUCAAAUUUCACAGAAAUCUUUAAUUAUCUUUGCAUUAUUAGGUUCAGUGAAGGUUGAUAUUGACCGAUAAUUUGUUAGUGAGCAUUUUAGAAACUCCUUCUCUACUCUAUAACUGGACAAAAAUUUGAUCAGUCUGAUAAAAACGACAAAUUGAGUACACCAUAUGGACAGCUAAUAUGCAGUCAUCAUCAUUGUGGACAAAUUUCAACAACACCAACGAAGCUUGUCUUCAUUCAAGUUUUCAAACAAUAUUAAAAUUAUUUUCUUUUCAACAUGCUUCAAAUCGAAAAGUAUCCCACUGAGGUGCACCUCACAUAAUUUUUGCUUGUACCUUCCUUACAUUUAAAACCUACAAAUUUCAGGGUUAUGGCCUGUAACCUAUAUUAUUUUGUGCCAUAAGCUUGUUCAUUCACAUCCCGCCACGAAGAUUUUUUUUUUUUUUAAAGAAAUUAACUAAAUGUCAAUAAAGUGACACUUCUGUGGAGAAAAACCACCUAAAACUACUGCAUGAGGUAUGUUGAACUAAAUUUUUAAUCCUUUGAAUGCUGGAAGUUUGCAGAUUGAGUCUGUGACACAUUUCUCAAUUCUUAGCCUCACGUUGUUCCGUUAUAAGAUUUACAUUAUCAUAACUUGUUAGUGAGGUCAGUAGAAUGCUGACAAGAUACUUUACGAUGUUUGGUGCUUUGUGCUUUCAAAAUCAAAUCCCACUGGUACAUCCAUCCAGGAUCAGUUAGCUUCCUUCUACCAAAGAAAAAAAAACAAAACAAAACAGGAGGUGACCUUGUACUUAGUUAAAAGAGGAAUAUAUCAAACUUUUACUAAAAUGAUUAAUAUUAUUUUACUACGCUUCAACAAACAAUCUGAAAAUUUGAGCUUAUCAAUUCAGGCAAUCAUUUAUCAUCUUAAUUUAUUUUUUUACUUGAUUUAAAAGUGAAUUUUUAGGACAUGGGUCAGUUUCUUAUCAAAGUUUAAAGAUGAUUUUACUUACUCAAGCAGCGGUUGAUAUUAUAUGAAAAUUGAAUCAGUCUUACAUGACAGUGGAAAGGCAGUAGCAGGAUACCUGAAUUAUGAGCUAAAUAAUUAAAGCAAUUUAUUCUGACCAUCUGAUGGACCAGUUUAAGUGCAUCAACCCCUGUUUGUUACGAUUUAAAUGGAAUACAGUGUUAAUAAUGCAGCCUAUGAUUGCUGUUACAAAGAAGGAUUUCUUUCAUGGACUAAGAUUCUGUUUUUGGAAGUUAGGUGUACUUGGAAAAAUAAAGUUGAUUCCAACAGUAUUUGAGCUGAGAACAAUGAAGCAGUGAAAAAGAUAUGAAUUUUUAUCUUCAAUUUUACAUUUAUUGUUACACUAUAAUGUGUCUCCAUUCAGUGUUGUUGAGUUUGCAUCAUUGUAUUUGUUUAAAAUUCCCCCCGUUUACAUUUGAUAUAAUUAAUUUAGCAAUAGAGUUCAUCUCAGUGUGGUCGCCUGAAAGAAUCAGUGAAAUGAACUUUUCUUUUUAACCAAUUUCAGAAGAGACCACUGUGUUCAAAGUAGCACCAGUUUGUAGUAAUAUUUGAUUCAUCAACUUUUAGUGAUUGCGCCUUACUACCUUGACACUAUAUUUGGAUUUUUCUACAACCCAUAACUUAACAUCAAAUAAAUUAAUGGUACUAAAGCUUAUGAUGUUAGAUAUACAUAUAUUGUAUUCUGCAGGUGAAGCAUCAGAUAAACACGUUUAAUAUUUGAAAACCUAAAAGACUUUCAUGAUAGAUAUAUUUAUAUAUAGAGUUAUUCAAAAUUUGACUUCCUAUGUUGUAUGAUUGAGCUAAUUGGAUAUGUCUUCUGUAACUCCUUUUUAUGAUUGGAUCGUUAAUAUUUGAAAGAUUAAUCCUUCAAAGUCCAAAGAAAAUAUUGAAAUUUAUUAGUUAGGAAAGCUACAUGUCUUGAAUGCGUUGUAUUACUAUUACUUUUCAUGAUAGUUUUCCCAUGCUAUCACGAGACAAGGUGUCGAAUUUAUACAUUUGAGGAAUCACAGUGAUAUCUUUCCUUUUUCUUUACAUAUAGAAGGAUAUUGUAUCAACAAGCAGUCGCCAUGUAAUAAGGAUGAUAACAUGUUUUUGCCUUGAUAGAUUGAGUCAAGAACACAGCACUGUUUCAGGUCUUUAUCUUACUUCUUUUUUUUUUUUUUUUACUUUACAGUGUUGUACCUAAACUAAGUCUUGUUAUUUAGAAUAUUUCUUCUAACUCAACAGGCAUACAAUUGCAGUCAUAAAUCACUGUUGUAUUAUAAUUGCUUAUCACCUAGAUUAGUUAAGGAUGACUGAGACUAACACAGGAACCACUUCAUCAUGAAGCUAUGCAACAUUAAUAGUGGCACCUUCUAAAAGUAAUAUUAGUGAAAAAGCAAAGCAUUUCUGAUUCAUUUAUGAAAAGCUAAGGUGUUAUCUGGAUUGAGCUACUGAAGACAGUGAAGCUGAAUGUAAUGGAAGCAAUUUUUAUUAAAAAGAAUUCCUAUUUAAUGAUUUAACUAUUUAGUAAUAUCUGCGUAAGCUAUGGCUUUAUGGAUAUGAAGCUUGCUUCAUAAACUGCAUAACCACUUGGUUUUGUGUUGCACUUCACUGUGUAGCACCCUAGACAAGUGCCUUAUACUAUAAAUCUCAGAUCAACUGAUGCUUUGUGGGUGGAAAUUGGUAUGGAAGUCUUAUGUGAGUUGGGUGUGCAUCCAUGAAUGUUGGCGUUUCACAGCUUUCUUUGUUACCACCUGAAUGAAGCAAUGCCGCAAUGUAUAUUUUCCCUGGUAACACAUCUUGCUCUGCAUUUUCAAAGACUAGCAGAAUAAAAAAAUAAACCCACUUGAAAAAACAGAGAUCGGCAACAGCAAAGAUAUCCAAAUGAAAUGCUGUAAAAAGUCUUCGUCGAACCUAUUCUAGCAUGAAAAAACCAGAUAUAUAAAGUGAACAAACAAAGCUAUUUUGGCAUUUUACUGUUUGAAAUUUAGUUAUGAUCAGAUUAAGAUUAAAAUAUUAAAAGCAAA